AUGAAGCUCAACGCAUUCUUCACCGCACUCGCCCUCACCCUCCCCUUCGCUCUCGCUUCUCCUGCUGGGGGCAAGGACUACCACUACGGAUCUGGCUCUGGCACGUAUGGUCCUGGCUCUUCCAACGCUGGUUCAUACGGUCAGGGCUCUAACGGUUAUCACGGUGGUGCCGGAGUCUCUUAUGGAGGCGCCAACUCCUUCGAUCGAAGCAACAGCUACGGCGCUGCGAAGUUCGGUGGUAGCUCGUUCAGUGGUGGCUCGGUUGGUGGAUACGGUGGACGAAAGGGGUACUUCGGAGGGCUUAAACAACGGGACGAUGGUGACGACAGUAACCCAUGGAACAACAACCCCAAGGACGUCGAAGACCUUCGCGUCCUCAACUACGCCCUCACCUACGAAUACCUCGCCGCCGCCUUCUACGAGUACGCCUUCACCAAGUGGUCACCCCAGGACUUCAAGGACUACGGUCUCGACGAUGCCGUCUACGGCGGUUUCCAGCAGAUCCACGGGCAUCGACGCGAAUACGUUGCGAUCCUCCAAAACGCUAUCUCGAGUGCUGGGUUGGAGUAUUUGCCUCCUUGCACUUACAACUUUGAGUACACCAAGAACAUCGGCGAUUUCAUCAAUCAUAGCGAGUUCUUCGAGGUCACUAGUACUUCGAUGUACCAAGGAACUCUGAAGAUGAUUUCGAACAAGGACUACUCCGCGCUCGCAGGCUCCAUCCUCGGAGUCCAAGCACGCCAUUCCGGCUGGAUCCAAUACGCCACGAAGAAAAAGAACCCCUGGAACACCGCAUUCGAGGCCCCACUAGUCGUGAACGACAUCUGGACAACCGGCGACCCCUUCUUCUCCACCUGUCCCCCAGGCGGCCCAGGCCUCCCCUCCCUCCCCACUGGAAUCACCCAAUACCCCCUCUUCUCCGUCGACCCCUCCGACACCAUCGUACCAGGCAACAAAGUAACCAUCGACCUCUCCGAAGCAUUCACCUCCAACCCCAGCUCCAUACCCAACGACUCCUCCGACAAAAAGCUCUUCACCGUCUUCUCAGUCAGCUGGGGCACGCACAUGCGCCCAAUGAGCAAGGGCGACAAUUCGGACGACAGCCACAAGUACUCAGUCGAAGUCCCACACGAGCUCUCAUCCAUCGGCGCAGUCUACGUAUACGUCGUCCAAGCUACCGACGACGAAGCUUCGCAUCCUCACUUUGAAGUGAACGAAUCGAAUGCGGUUGCUGGACCUCGAGUGUGGAUGUUCGGUUUCGACUCGGAGGGUAAGCCUGAUAAUGGAUAUGAGUUGUUUAGUGGUUCGCGUACGGUUGCGUUGGUAAAUUAG